AUGAAGCUGGUCGUUAUAUGCCCCUCAUCAUUCUUGGCAACCAGAACAUUGCUGCAGCUUGCAAACGAUGAGGGCGCCUCUUGUCCCAAUGCUGCAGCUGCUUUGAAAACUAACUUCUACGUUGACGAUUUCAUCGGUGGUGCUGAUUCCAUCGGAAAUGCUCGCCAGUUGCGAAUCGAGCUUUCUCAAUUGCUCGCCAAAGGCGGCUUCGAGCUGCGAAAGUGGACAUCCAAUCAGCUCGAGGUGCUCGCCGGUUUAAAUGCGGAUCAAAUCGGCACACAGUCAUCGCGGCAAUUCUUACCACACGAGACGGUAAAGGCUCUUGGUGUUUCAUGGGAGCCAGAGCAUGACGUUUUAUCCUUCGAAUCCGCAAUAUCCAGUGAUGUGUCUAUUCCGACAAAGCGAUCCAUUCUAUCCAACGUAGCUCGCAUGUUCGAUCCGCUGGGCCUGAUCUCCCCGAUUGUCAUUCGGGCCAAGAUGAUGAUGCAGGAAUUAUGGUUGCAGAAAGCUGGUUGGGACGAGUAUGUUCCAGAUACUAUCUGUAAGAAAUGGAAAACAAUACAAGAGGAUUGGCAACUCAUCUCUAAAUUCAAGGUUAGUCGUUAUGCGCUUCUACCUGGUGUGCGUAUUCAGCUACAUACCUUCUGUGAUGCAUCGGAGGCAGCAUAUGGAGCCUGCAUUUAUGCGCGUUGUGAAGGCGAAGGUGGGCAGAUUCGCAUAACGUUGCUUUCUUCCAAAUCGCGUGUGGCACCGCUCAAGCGCGUCACACUACCCCGCCUUGAACUAUGCGCUGCUGUAUUAGGAGUACACCUGCAUCACCGAGUAAAGAAGGCGAUGGGGAUCAACGUUGCAGAAUCUUUCUUUUGGUCGGAUUCCACCAUCACCUUAACCUGGAUCAGCGCCACACCCAACACAUGGGCAACGUUUGUGGCUAACCGGGUAUCUGAAGUGCAGCAUUACUCACACCCGCGGCAGUGGAGACAUGUACACGGCGCGUCUAAUCCUGCUGACCUGGUUUCACGAGGCAUGUCAGCCGCUGAUUUCCUGAAAAGCAAACUGUGGAGCUUCGGUCCGGAUUGGCUAUCUUUGCCCGCUUCCAUCUGGCCCAACUCUAACCCGGAACCAGCCAACGAAACGAAUCUAGAGAUUCGCCAGGUGAGUGCUGCCGUUGUAAACACAACCACUAAUCACCCUUGGUUUGCGUUGUGUUCUAGCUACAAGCGAUUGCUGCGUAUCGUAUCAUACUGCAUUCGCUUCACACGUAACGCUAAGGAAAAGGCACGCACUCAGCGAACAGCAGCACAGCACCCCGCACCUUUAAUCGUCACACCCGAGUACAUGGAAACAGCAAACACUGUGUUAAGCCGCCUAGCACAGCAGGAUGCAUUUUCAGCUGAACUCGGGCAGCUCAAAAAGGGAAACGAAGUCAUGAGGCAAUCACCUUUACGUGCACUAAGUCCAUUUUUUGACGAACAAGGAAUUAUCCGUGUAGGUGGACGUUUACGACUAUCUCAACUUCCCUACCAAGCGAAGCAUCCUGUUUUGCUUCCCAAGAAACAUCCGUUCGCGCAAUUGAUCGCAAAGUAUCAACACGAGGAGCUUCGUCAUGGAGGAGGAAGGCUGCUCUUAUCUCGAAUUCGCGAAGAGUUUUGGCCGUUAGAUGGAAGGCAUCUUGUUAAGCACAUUGUGCAGAAUUGUUUUCGGUGCAUUCGACAGCGACCGACACUUGAACAGCAACAACUUGGACAGCUUCCAGCGCAGCGCAUCACUCCCCGCCGGCCUUUUAGUGUUACCGGAGUGGAUUACGCCGGUCCAUUAUACCUGAAGCCAGCCCAUAAACGAGCCGCCCCGGGAAAAUGCUACCUCUGCGUGUUUGUUUGUUUUUUCCACUAAGGCCGUACACUUGGAGCUGGCACCACAUUUCGGCGGAUUGUGGGAAGCAGCUGUGAAGACCGCCAAGCGACACCUUUUUCGGCAGUUAGGCAGCACGCGACUAUCCUACGAAGGCUACACAACUGUCCUACAUCAGAUUGAGGCGGCGAUGAACUCGCGUCCUCUCCUACCUAUGUCAGACGACCCUAACGAUUUAUCGGCACUUACCCCAGCGCAUUUUCUCGUGGGCACAUCGAUGCAUGCUGUCCCCGAGCCGGACUACACCCAUCUUCGUUCCUGCACCCUCAGCGACUUGCAGAAGUGGCAAGUAAUGGUGCAACGCUUCUGGAAGCACUGGACGACGGAAUACCUGCAAGAGAUGCAACGCGAUAACACCAUGGCGAAGAGGAACGACAGCAUCUUACCUGGCAGACUGGUCAUUCUAAAGGACGAUUUCCCCCCCCCCCCCAACCCGUUGGCCACUCGCACGUAUCGUACAUGUGCACACCGGAGACGACAAGCUGACACGGGUAGUAACACUGAAAACAUCAAAAGGUAUCGUAACUCGUCCGAUAACAAAAAUUUGUAUCUUACCUGUGGCAGAGGCCGACGAGAGCACAUGCACCUAAUUUCUGUUUAUUUUGAUUGUUUUUGUUUUGUUUGUUGACUCGCGUCAAGGGGGGAGGAUGUUCAGGCACAGCCCUGUCACUUCAUAUCGUGCUUAACGAAACACGAACAUUCUUCGUUCAAUUUCGAGUGUUCGGCUCGAUCGAGUAGUUUAUAAAUAACAGUGUAUGUCGCGAAUAAACUCUC